UCUUUUUUACUCAUCCUGCACUUUACUAUGCACAUAAAUAACGUUAUCACCAUUAUUUCUCAAGUUCAAAUCGUGUCAUCAUUUGAUGAACAAGUUCUGAACUCAGCUAAGAGAAAGUCUCCCAUCAAAACAAAUGCAGGCCCAAUCUAACUUGCAGAAAAGAAAGUCUACAUUGAUAACGGAAGGGAAUGCUGCUGCUUUCAAGAAAUCAAGGAUGGCAAGCCAUGUUGACUCCGUUGAAAGAGAGAGAAAGCAGCAAGAUGACUUCAUAGAAGAAAAAUAUGGUGAGGAUGAAGAUGACGAUGAUGUUGAAGACAAUACUGAUGAAAUAAAACCAGAGGCAGAUGAGGAUGCAAAUGAUGAUCAUGGAGAGGAAGCAGAGUACUUACUAGGAGAUGAUGGGGAAACUGCAGAGCAGGGACUUCAUGAAGGUCUACUCAUAAAAGAUGGAGAUGAAAACAGCAAGCUUUCUGCUCGACAUUUCAGCCAUGGAUAUCACUUGACCGAAGGAAAGUUGAACCACGGAAUGGAGGACUACAUUUUUGCUCAACACAAGAAGCUCAAUGGUUAUGACUUGGGUUUGUAUGCAAUAUUUGAUGGUCAUUCAGGUCAUGAUGUUGCCAAAUACUUGCAAAGCCAUCUAUUUGAAAACAUACUGAAUGAGCCUAGUUUCUGGAAGAAACCAGUGCAUGCAGUUAAGAAAGUGUGCAAGGCUACAAACGAUGAGAUCUUAGAGAAUAUAGCUGAUUCGCGGGGAGGAUCAACAGUGGUUGCAGCAAUACUAAUUGAUGGAGUGAAGCUGCUUGUAGCCAAUGUCGGCGAUUCUCGAGCGAUAUCAUGCAAAAAUGGUAUUGCAAAACCAAUCACUGUGGAUCACGAACCAGAUAAGGAGAAAGAUCUUGUUGAAACCAGAGGGGGCUGUGUGUUCACAAGACCAGGAUCUAUUCCAAGAGUAGAUGGCCAAUUAGCAAUGACAAGAGCAUUUGGAGAUGGAAAACUGAAGGAGCACAUUACUGCUGAGCCAGAUGUGAUGAUUCGGAAGAUUGAUGAUGACACUGACUUCAUCAUUUUGGCAAGUGAUGGUUUGUGGAAGGUGAUGACAAAUCAGGAUGCUUGUGACUGUAUCAAAGAUGAUGUUGAUGAUGCUAAGAAAGCAGCUAAGAAGUUGGUUAAAGAAGCCAAGUCUCUAGGGAGCUGUGAUGAUAUUUCAUGCAUAGUUGUUACGUUCUAGUUGAGAUGAUGACAGCAGUAGACAAAGUAGAAUAGUAGAUUCAGAUGGGUCCCCAUUUUUCCACCCAAAUAAGAAUCUAAGUUCGACUUUCAGCAUUUUUCCUUACAUUUUACUUGAACUUCUGGUUUUUGAUUAAGUAAUAUAAUAGCUGCUGGUUAA